GAGCCCGGGCUCGCAGCUCCCCUCGGCCGAGCGCAGGCACGGUUCCCGCUGCGCUAGCCCUGACCUCCGCCCGCCCGCUCAGCAAUGAGGGUCCUGAGCUCACGCUUUCGGGUGUUACUGGCCUGCCUCGCCCUGGUGCUCCCUGUCUCAGAGACAAACUUCUUGUCAAAAGAACGUGCUUCACAAGUCCUGGUGAGGAAGCGCCGUGCAAAUAACUUGAUCGAAGAGACUAAACAGGGCAACCUUGAAAGAGAGUGCAUUGAGGAACUCUGCAAUAAGGAGGAAGCCAGGGAGGUCUUUGAAAACAAUGCCGAAACGGAUUAUUUUUAUCCGAAAUAUUUAGCUUGUUUGGGCGAGUUCCGUGUUGGCUCAUUCAUUGCUGCAAGGCAGUCAGCUAAUGCUUACUACUUUGACCUCCGGAGCUGUGUCAAUGCCAUUCCAGACCAGUGUGACCCUCUGCCAUGCAAUGAAGAUGGGUAUCUGAGCUGCAAAGACGGGCAAGCUGCCUUCACUUGCAUCUGUAAACCAGGCUGGCACGGAGACAGGUGUCAGUUUGAUGUAAACGAAUGUAAAGAUCCCUUGAAUGUCAAUGGAGGCUGCAGCCAGAUUUGUGACAACACUCCUGGAAGUUACCACUGCUCCUGUAAAGUUGGCUUUGCUAUGCUUGCAAAUAAGAAAGACUGCAAAGAUGUGGAUGAGUGCUCUCUAAUGCCGAGUAUCUGUGGCACAGCCAUGUGCAAGAACAUUCCAGGAGACUUCGAAUGUGAAUGUCCCGAAGGCUACAGAUAUGAUCCCUCAUCAAAAUCUUGUAAAGAUGUGGAUGAAUGCUCUGAGAACAUGUGUGCUCAACUGUGUGUCAAUUACCCCGGAGGCUACUCUUGUUACUGUGAUGGGAAGAAAGGAUUCAAACUUGCCCAAGAUCAGAAGAGUUGUGAGGGGAUUCCAGUGUGCCUUUCCCUGGAUCUUGACAAAAAUUAUGAAUUAUUAUAUUUGGCUGAGCAGUUUGCGGGAGUUGUCUUAUACCUGAAAUUUCGAUUGCCAGAUAUCACCAGAUUUUCAGCUGAAUUUGAUUUUCGGACAUAUGAUUCAGAGGGCAUCAUACUGUAUGCAGAAUCUCUCGAUCACUCAAAUUGGCUCCUGAUUGCACUUCGUGAUGGAAAGAUUGAAGUUCAGUUUAAGAAUGAGUUUUCGACCCAAAUCACAACUGGAGGCAAUGUUAUUAACAAUGGUAUAUGGAAUAUGGUGUCUGUGGAAGAAUUAGAUGACAGUGUUAGCAUUAAAAUAGCCAAGGAGGCCGUGAUGAAUAUAAAUAAACUCGGGAGCCUCUUUAAACCUACUGAUGGAUUUCUGGACACCAAAAUAUACUUUGCAGGCUUACCUCGGAAGGUGGAAAGUGCACUCAUUAAACCGAUUAAUCCUCGUCUGGAUGGAUGUAUACGAGGCUGGAAUUUGAUGAAACAAGGAGCUUUGGGCGCAAAGGAAAUAAUUGAAGGAAAACAAAAUAAACAUUGCUUCCUCACGGUGGAGAAGGGCUCCUACUACCCUGGUUCCGGAGUUGCUCAAUUCAACAUAGACUACAAAAACGUAACUAAAGCAGAGGGUUGGCAAAUGAAUGUGACCUUGAAUAUUCGCCCAUCCACUGGCACUGGAGUCAUGCUUGCUUUGGUUUCUGGGGACACAGUGCCCUUUGCCUUAUCCUUGGUGGAUUCUGGCUCUGGAUCUUCUCAGGAUAUUCUGGUAUUUGUUGAAAAUUCAGUGGUGGCUCGAUUAGAGGCCAUAACUCUGUGCUCGGAUCAGCAAUCCCAACUGAAAUGUAACGUUAACAAAAAUGGACUGGAACUGUGGACCCCUCUUAGAAAAGAUGUCAUUUACUCGAAAGAUCUUCAAAGGCAACUUGACAUCUUGGACAAAGCAAUGAAAGGAACCGUGGCCACUUACCUGGGUGGCAUUCCAGAUAUUUCUUUCAGUGCCACACCAGUGAACGCCUUUUACAGCGGCUGCAUGGAAGUGAACAUCAACGGUAUACAGCUGGAUCUGGAUGAAGCCAUUUCUAAACAUAAUGACAUUAGAGCUCACUCGUGUCCAUCAGUGAAGAAAAUCCAGAAGAACUUCUAAAGUCUGUUUUAUAAUAUCUCUUUGUUGUUGUUGUUGUUGUUGUUGUUGUUGUAAUUAUGCUCAUGUUCCUAUCACCAGCUGGCAGGUGUUACCUGUGAUGUGGAUUGUUUAAAUAUGAUGUGGUACUUUGUCUUUCAGAUUUUUGUUAUAUAAAUCACAUUUUUGAAAAGUCUUGCACUCAUUGCUGUCUAGAAAUUAAAUAAUGAAAUACAUGAAACAUUUAAAUUUCAAUUUAUUUCCUAUAAUAAAUGACACUUCUUUAGUUUUUUAUUUUAAAAGUAAGGUUCAUCAUCAUGGAACUAGCAUAUAAAUGUCCUGUUUUUCUCAGAAGACGAAUCAGUUAAACCCAAACAAAAGCACAUAUGACUAAAUGCUAACAGUUGGUGAGAGACACUAUAUUUUUGUUAUUGCUUUUUGCCUUGUGAAAGCGACAGAGCUGAUAGCACACCACAGAUGAAUUGAAUGGAAAGUCCCAAAGCUUUAUUCCAAAGUAAUUCCUUGGAGUGGGGAGAACCUAGUUUAGGCUUCAUUUUUCUUUUACCUGGCUUUACACUUGAGCCAACACCUUCACUGAAUUAGAGAACAAGGGCAGAGUUUCACGGGAGCAGCACAUGAAUAUUGUCUCAAAGGCAUUGGUUUCUAUUAGAGACAUCAGGUUAUGCUAUAAGAGGCGUGAACACUGGGUGGACACAUCACUCAACCUAGGCUGCUGAGCGCACACAAGGUUAGAGUCAGAAAGGCAAUCAUCCUUAAUGGUGGGAGGGAAAGUGAACACAUCGGGAAAUUCAUAGUUGUACUUCACAUUGAGUUUUAAUUACUAUAGGAGCCUUGAAUGUGAUUGUUGAAGUUAAAAAAGUGAUGAAAAGUAGAGUGGAUUGUUAACAAAAGAAUAAUGAUAAGAGGGAUGCUGAAUAUUAUCCCAUGCUCUAUCUUUGUAAUGACAGAAGUACGGAGGUAAGGUUGUCCAAUAUUUGUUGAUUGUACAUUGCAAGUGGCAGGCCACUUUGUUGUUCUUCUGGAAUCGACGAUCAUUUCAGGUGUGCAUCAGACACGUCGUUGCCGUUUGAGAAAUUGAAUUUUAUUAUACUGUAGAUAUUUUGCAUCACGUGAAACAUAAUAAAAUGAUAUUUUUAAAAUACA